UGCGUUUGGAGGGUCGACCAGAGUACAGGAAGAGACAGAGGGGCGGCUGGGACCCACUGACACAGGGUGGGACGUUUAAUAAAGUGUUUCUGCAGAUAGCUUUCUCACCAUGUGGGGAACAACUACGAUGGCAUUUCACUAAACCUGGAAAAGAGACAAGAGGCAAGGGCAGCAACACAACAGAUCCUUCUUUUGAAUAUACCAUCAUUUGGAAAAGGAAUAUUCUUUUUCCACAGUGCGUCCAAGGAAACAGUGAACUUAAGAGAAGAGUAUCAAAGAACUUCCUGCUCUUCUUCCCUUUGACUCUGACCCUUGACCUUGAGCUCUCACUAUGAGCAGUCUGUUAGUGAAGCUAGACCCUCGGAGGGUACAAUGGCGCUCCACGUGGAACACCUUCACGUCCCGCGUCCUGAGGACCAAACCGGUGGAGUCCAUGUUGGAUUCAGCCACGACGGGCACAGGCGCUCAUGGGACCAAACUGGCCCGGGUCUUAUCCACCGUGGACCUGGUGUCGCUGGGCGUGGGCAGCUGCGUGGGGACGGGGAUGUACGUGGUCUCUGGACUGGUCGCCAAGGAGAUGGCCGGUCCGGGGGUCAUUGUGUCCUUCAUUAUCGCCGCUGUGGCCUCCAUACUGUCGGGAGUGUGUUAUGCAGAGUUUGGCGUGCGCGUGCCUAAGACCACAGGAUCGGCCUACACCUACAGCUACGUGACGGUGGGCGAGUGCGUGGCGUUUUUCAUCGGCUGGAACUUGAUCCUGGAGUAUCUGAUCGGCACGGCCGCGGGGGCGUCGGCUCUCAGCAGCAUGGCGGACUCACUGGCCAAUCACACUAUCAGCAACUUUAUGAUCACACACAUCGGAACGCUCAACGGCUUAGGUAAAGGCGAGCAGUCGUACCCCGACCUGCUGGCGCUGGUCAUCGCUCUGCUGGUGACGGUCAUCGUGGCUCUGGGAGUGAAGAACUCUGUGGGCUUCAACAACGUGCUGAACGUCAUCAACCUCGCAGUGUGGGUGUUCAUGAUGAUCGCCGGGCUGUUCUUCGUCAACGGAGAGAACUGGGACGAUGGGAGAUUCCUGCCCUUCGGCUGGUCGGGGGUGAUGCAGGGUGCCGCCACCUGUUUCUAUGCCUUCAUUGGAUUUGACAUUAUUGCUACAACAGGAGAGGAGGCCAAGAGUCCCAACACCUCCAUCCCCUACGCCAUCACUGCCUCACUUAUCACCUGCCUCACUGCCUACGUCUCUGUUUCUGUGAUCCUGACUCUGAUGGUGCCGUACGAUGAGAUCGACGCAGACGCUCCGCUCAUGGAGAUGUUUGCCGUGCAUGGCUGUAUGUUCGCAAAGUAUAUCGUGGCGGUGGGCUCCAUAGCAGGACUCACUGUAUCCCUCCUGGGGUCCCUGUUCCCCAUGCCCAGGAUCAUCUAUGCCAUGGCAGGGGACGGCCUGCUGUUUAAGUUCCUGGCCACUGUGUCUCCAUACACAGAGACCCCUGCUGUGGCGUGUGUGGUGUCGGGCUUCCUGGCUGCCCUGCUGUCUCUCAUGGUCAGCCUCAGAGACCUCAUAGAGAUGAUGUCCAUAGGGACUCUGCUGGCCUACACCCUGGUUAGCCUGUGUGUGCUCCUGCUGCGUUACCAACCUGAGGGGGACAUCCAUGGCUUUGUGAACUUCCUGUCUGAGGAGCAGAACAACAAGAAAAAGGAAGGCGUGCUGGCUGAGUGCGAGAAAGAAGCCUGUUCACCAACCAGCGAAGCAGAUGAGUUCGGAGGCGCGGCCACGAACACCUGCGGAGCCAAAAACCUGCCGUCGCUGGGGGACAACGAGAUGCUGAUAGGCAAACCAGAUAAAAACGCCUACACCGCCAGCCACCCAAACUACGGCACGGUGGAUAUGACCACUGGCAUCGAAGCAGAAGAGGAAGAGGGCGGCUUGUCCCGGCGGUUGAAGAAGCUCAUUGGACCCCGCUACUACACCUUGAGGAUCCGAUUGGGCCUCCCGGGAAAGAUGGACAGGCCCACUCCAGCCACGGGGAAAAUUGUCACUAUGUGUGUGCUGCUCCUCUUCAUUUCCAUCUUCGCUUUCUGCUCCUUCAUCAUCUUUGGAGCGAGCAGUAUUGGGGAGGGUCGCUGGUGGGCUCUGCUGCUGUUAAUCUUCAUGAUCACCUUCCUUGUCCUGCUCGUCAUCAUCAUCCUCCAGCAGCCAGAGAACCCAAAGCGUCUGCCCUACAUGGCGCCCUGUGUGCCCUUUGUACCUGUUUCAGCCAUGCUGGUCAACAUCUACCUCAUGCUCAAACUGUCUGCCAUCACCUGGAUACGAUUCUCUAUCUGGUGCCUCGUGGGUGUUCUAAUCUACUUUGGCUACGGCAUGUGGAACAGCAAGCUGGAGAAAACGGCCCGAGAGAACGAGGUGCACGCCUCCACCUACCAGCGCUACGACCACGGUGUGGACGAAGGCUUCUGCGGCUUCGACGAUGAUUUCCUCCCGCCUACCACUGACGCCUGGGGUGCGCAGGCGGGAAGUUCGGGACUCACCCCGCCCCCUGUGGCCAAGCCCGAAAUUGACGGGUCGCCAGCGAAAGAUGGAGGCAAGACCGUUGCCAAACAAAACCUCGCCGAGGAGGAUCCGAUGGAUUUCUGAAGGGACUGACUCUGUGUUACCCUGAAUGUACUGCCUUGUCUGCUGCCUGGGGAAAGGGAGGGGGAACAGUAGUGUGAACGCAUGAAUGAUUGUGUGUGUGUGUGUGUGUGCGUGUGUGUGCAUGCCUGCAUGUGUGUGUAUUUGUUUGUGUGGCUAACCCUUGGGCUAGAUAGUUUCUUGACAGUGGAACGACUUAUUAUUCAGUUUACUCAACCACGCUCCGCAGCUCACACUGCAAAUGAGGACUUCAAGGUCAAAUGUCUUGUCACACUCACUUGUUAUUCACUGGAGUCCACCGCCUCCCCAAUGUAAAGACAGAUAGGAAAGUGUUGACGUUGCAGGAGAUACAAUAUAUUGUGGUUCACUACACUUUGACACGUUUAUUGGGCAAUCCGUUUACUGAAUACCUAGAAAUGUACGGGAUAUAGGAGAGGAGAAGGUGGUGAGGGAGGGACAGAUGAAUCAGCACCUCUCUUCCUGUUUCAACGGAGACAGACAGGAAAGCUAGAUGACAGAAUGCCAAACCCAAACUACUUCCUAUGAACAGGUCUGACUUUCUCUGCAUGUUUCACAGGAAAACAGCUUCACAUGCUCUCAAAAACACCAACAAAUCAUAAACGUGUAUCUCUGUCCUCAAUCAUUUCCCCCUGACCCCUGAUAUCUAGCCCAAGGGAUAAGAACUGGACUGGGAAGAGGGCGUUGGUGUUUUCUGUCACAAAUAGUACUUGGACUUUGCUUGCAAUAGUGCCUUCAUCUUCUGUAUGUGUAUGUGAGUUUCUUAUUAUGUCUGUUUUCUACUUUAAUUUUGCCUGUGUAUGUGUGAGGGUGUAUGUGCAAUCUAACUCAACCUUUUACAUUGAUGCUCAUGACUGUGUGUGUGUUUGUAGAUAUUAAGUGAGGUUAUUUUACCGUGUAUGUGUAGGUAUUUGUUUCGUUAAGUUCUUCCCAAUUCUUACCCCAGCAUGAAGCUCAAAAUCAACCCGCCCGCCACAUAUCAGCUCAUGGUGCAAUAUAACACAAACACACAGCUCAUUGGGGUAACCUAAAAGAGGAGAGGGAACACAGGUUGAAUCCUAAUUGACAACCUUCAUGGUUUAUUGUGAUUAACGUCAUUUUUAUUUUAUUUGCGUCUCUCCACUGAUGCAGUUCUUGCUUUUUCCUAGGGCUGGGAAGGAAUUAAUUUUCAGUUCAUUCAAUUCAGGAAAUGGGUUUUAUACGGAGCGUGCAGCUUUUCUCCUAGAGAUGAGAAAAAUAUAGAGACUGUAGAAAAAUGGUUAUUAUUGAGAAAUGUGGGGAUUUUUGAUGAAAAGAGGGCAGUUUGAAAAGUUUUGUAAGAGCAGGUGAGGGUCACUUUUUUUCUCUUCUCCCAGAUUGUUUGCAAAUUAUGAAUGAAUUAAAUUGUACUUUACAAUUACAUUUGUAUUUAAUAUUGGGGUAAAUUACUUCAGAUUUAGUCUCUAAAUCAGAGGGAUUGCAUUGUAAAUACUUAGAGAAAGAAUUAGACACUGACUGAACUGAAAUAUAAUCCCUCCUCUUCCAUCCCUCGCCCUUUCUGAUCCCCUCUUUUGCUAUUAAAUAUCAUACAUUUGUAUAUUCUCUUCUUCCACCACCCCUUUGCUCUCCCAGCCCAACUCUUCCUCUUCCUCUUCCUCUUCAUCUGUUUGCCACCUCACCGCUCUUGAUAUCCAUCCGGCCAUGUCAGCAGGGAGUUUCCACUUAGUCACAAGUGAUGGAGCCGGGAUUGCUUUUCAGUCAGGAUGUGGAUGCCAAUCUGUUCAUGGCCGGAUGAUACCUUAACUCCUGUUUCACCUCAGGGUGUCUGCUAUCUCCCUUCUGAUUUGUCACUGGAGAAUUUACUCCUCUCCAACCCCUGGUCUGAACUAGUCUAAGUGAACCUCCCUGUUGACCGUUCCUGUUCAUGUAGCUAGUGUUGAAGUCCCACUCCUUUCAUGUUACCCUACACUUUUGCUGCACCCCGAAGAGAUUUUGUGAAAAUCAAUCAAAUCAAAAAUGUUCCUGUUGAGCUCAGUGUGUAGGACAUUUAAGCUUUAGCUGCCAGGGUUGGGGGUUUGAUUCCAUACUAAGAAUGUAAGCACUCAUGGUACUGUAAGGGAUUUUGGCACACACCAAAUAGCAAACAGUUAUGUUAUUAUGCUGAGGGCCGGGGCACUCCUACAAAAACUACUGUAUGCCCAAAUUGUCCUUCUUGUACCUUUUCUUCUUGCCCCCUGUUGCUGCAUAUGUCCCUUCCAGGGAAGCCUUAUUUGUCUAAUGCACUAAAUCUAAGGAUGCCACGCUAAACCCCACCCUACCUCUGCUACUCCCACAUCUAUCCUCACUCAGAAAAACCUGUUUCUUUCAUGUAGUGAAAGCCCUUUGGUGUUGUCCUUUGAAAUUAUUGUAAUACCCGUACCCAAAAAAACAGCCCAUUGUUUCGAGGAAUUACACUUUUAUUGGAUGAUUCUGCAACUUUCUAAUAAAGGAAGUCGUGAGCGUUUCCGUAGUGGAACAUUAGGAUGAUGAGGUUGUAGCGGUGCCCAUCAGAGACCAAUCAUGGCCGUGGCUAACAUUAAGCUCAUGUCUAGUGUUUGCUUUCUAGAAAUGUGGGUGGUAUAGUGACUUUGACGGUGUUUACAUUCUACAAUGGUGUAUAUUUUACAAUUCAACUACAUGUUGGCCAACAACACGGAUCAGUAUUUCAUGUACUGUAGGGACCUUCAUGUAGCGAAAUACAUAUUUAUGGAAAACAAAAUAAAAAAGUAUAUACUUCUUUUUGGUGUCUUGUCAAAAUUGUCAGAGAGGAUAAGACUGCGUUUUGGGGGACUUGGACUCAUGACUAGUAUUUUUGAAAUUGUUGCUAUAGCUCUUAGUAAUACAAUUGUAAUGCCUUCUUUUAAUGUAAACAUAUUUCGGAAGUCAUUUGUUAUAGUAGCCUAUGUAACCUUUACUGUAGUGUAGACAGUUAGGAAGGACAUAGAGAAAGAGAUUGUUAUGCGAAUGUAGUUUAUAUUUUGGCACAAAGAAACAUCAAGCUCAGUACAGCAGGGGAGUCGGGUGUUGUCCCAAAUACCAAAACCAUAAUAUCAAAUAGUUGUUGCUAUGCAUUUGGAUUGUAGAUAUUAUAUUUAAAAAGUUAUUGCCAUUGAACAUAUUUUGAGGUCUUGCAGAAUUGUCCAAUAUUAAAGUUUUUUUCCGGGGUUGGAAAAAAACAGCACAUCCUUAAACAUUCACACACUUUAUCUCACACAAGUUCAAGCAUUUAUUACAUUAUAUUCAACUAUUCCCUCCACCCAGAUCGCCUCAUCUCAGCUAAAACAAUCCAGAUGUUUUCAUUCAUAGCUCAAAUAUGUGUUCAGCCAAAACAAGGCAGCAAAUACAGCCUGACACUUCGACACUGUACUGUACAGUCGACCUACCAUAGCCUAUUACCGGCUGUGUGUGUGUAUGCAAGUGUGUGAGUGCAUGUACAGUGUGUGUGAUCUAUGCCUGCGCCUCAAUGUGACCCUGUGGUGAAUGUGUAGCAUGCUUUCAUGCAUGAGGCUCUGACCAUAAAUGUUGUUUCUGCAUGUGGUGACUGAGCGCUGCGAGACAUAAUACAACACUAAACCAAAACAAACGCAGGCCUACUUCUUACACCUGGGAGCGCUGGCCUCUCUGCUCUGAGAAGAUUUAACAGGUGUAAUACAAGCGAAGCAGCUUCAAAAACCUCAUUGUUCUAAACUCUCAGCGAGUGAACUGAAUGCUGUAUACAAUGCAGACUCCUAUGAUUUAGAUUCAGAUUCAAACCCAGACCUUUUCUUUAUGUUACAAUUUGAAUUGUACCGGCUUAGAAGAUUAUUUUCUGGAUUCUCUCCUAUUUCUUAAAGCUCACACAGUAAUAUUCUCACAUAGAAAUUGGAACCAGGGCUCCUCCUGAAAAGGUAGUAGAACAUGUAGCAACAAACAAGGUGUGACAAUGACUCCUCUCUCACCCUCCCUUACAGUAUGCCUACUUCCUGUAAAUCCCUUUUCUUAACCAAAACUUCUGCAAACCAAAGUCCACCAUUUUUUGUUUACUGAUCACACACAGGAGACUUUAGUUUCUUCAAAGUAACCACUUAAGAUACAAAAGAGGUAACCAUUUUUGCUUGGUGGUCUGCUAAUAAGCUACUGAUUUCAGUUUGUCACAAGGAGAUGUUUUUCUUGUCACAAGCAACAGUGCAAUGAUGAUUUUUAAAACCCUAGUUGCUAAGUAUUAGUCUAGAUUUAAUUGACUACAGCGGAUCAGUUUGUCCAAAAGUAAAAAGAAACAUUAAAAAAGUAUUUUUCUACAACUGUUUCCCAUCCACAGGUCCUCCUCGAGUAGGUGUGCACAACAAAAGCUGGGUAGGGUUAUCAAUAUCAGCAUUCACCUUCUCCAUUUGUGUUAAGUCAUAAGGAGGCCUGGGAGAAACUGCUGCAGUAUAUUUUUAACAAGUGUAGUCUGUAGUGAUAAGGCUCAUUUAUAAAGCUUAAUCCCUUACUUUCAAGGGUUUCGAAAAAUGGUUUCUUUUGACGUCAAUAGGAACAUAGAAGGUUUGGAAAAUACUACAGAAAACAUGCAGAAACUAUUUUAAUACAAUCCUUUAAAGGGAGAAUAUACAAGCAUAAUCCAAUUUUGCCACCAUUGCUUUGAAAGUCAGCUACUAUUUGUUUAUUUUCUCUCGGAGAAGGAGUGCCAUGUUCUUCUUGUGCUCUGUGUUCGCUGUGGCCAAGUGUCGACUCAGUGUGUGUCAGACUGUUGAGGUUGGCUUCUCUUGCAAACAAAUAGAUAUUCCUUUACUCUUCUGUAUAUUUUGGCACAAAGCUGUAUAAUGUAGUUGUUUUGUAUGUACAUUUUUGUAAUGGUUUCUUCCAUAUGUGUGGUUAUAUUUGCUCCUGGUUGCACUGUUUUUUGCUGAGUUGUUAUUGCUUCCAUGCGACAAUGAAAGCUAUUUAUUGCAAAUACAAA